GUUAAAUGUUUCUAUAACUAUUGCAGGCAGGAUUACAUUCAGACCAAGUCGCUACUCGUCGUUUAAAGCUUUUUUUAAAGGGGUCAAAGCGUUUAUUCCUUUAAAAAUGUCAGAUAAGGUUGUGCUCUAUUACUUCAAUGGGCGAGGGAAAAUGGAGUCGAUACGGUGGCUUUUAGCGGUUGCUGGCGUCCAGUUUGAAGAAGUCUAUUUAACAACCAAUGAGCAGUUCCAGAAAUUGGUGAAUGAUGGAGCUCUCAUGUUUCAUCAGGUUCCAUUGGUUGAAAUGGAUGGUAUGAAGCUUGUACAGACAAAGGCAAUCUUGAAUUACAUAGCAGGGAAAUACAACCUCUAUGGAAAUGGUCUUAAAGAGCGGGUUAUGAUUGAUAUUUAUGCUGAGGGUGCUAGGGACAUCAUGGAGAUGAUCAUGGUGUUGCCCUUUACACCCCCUGAGAAAAAGCAAAGUCAGCUGGAUAAGAUACAACUCAAAGUCAAAGACCGCAGCCUUCCAACUUAUGAAAAGGCUCUCUCCAAUUCACAGUUCCUUGUGGGUAACCAACUGAGCUGUGCAGAUGUUCAUCUCUUUGAGGCCACUCUGAUGCUGGAAGAGUUAUUCCCUGCAAUACUUUCCACCUUCCCCAAAAUCCAGGCAUUCCAAAACAGGAUGAAAGCCAUUCCUGCGAUCAACAAAUUCUUGCAGCCAGGCAGUCAAAGAAAGCCUCCGCCUGAUGAAGUGUAUGUAAAAACUGUGAUGGAUGUAUUGAGCCACCUUUUCAAGUAGGAAAUUACUGACCUGACAAGACUUAAAUACUUUGGCCUUAUGUUGAAGUAUACCUGCACAAUGAAUAAUAUAUUACAAUAUUUUCAAUAGUCUGUCCUUUUUAAUUGGCAUAUCUGAUCUAAGGCCUAGAAAUCGGAGCUCAAGGGAUCAAAAUCAAAGAUUCCUACAGUUCCAACAUACAGCUAGUUAUAAAAGGAACUAUACAAUAUUACUCAGUCUUCUGUGUGGCUGUCAACACAGAACUUUUUGUUCUAAAUUCCACAAAAUUACAGGCUAAAUCACAGUUUAAAGCAAUUUAAUUAAUUUGUCAGUCAUACAUGAAGACUGAUUAUAAUACCUAAAGCAUUUUGAUUACAUUAGGACAAAUUAAUACAACAAUAUUUGAAACUUUUUAUAUUGUUCAAUUAAGUAGAUGGAUGGGCUAUAAUUAAUGUUUAAUGUGUCUUUUAAGAUAACAAGCCAUCUUAAUAUGUUUCUCAGCAGUUCUCUUCAAUUGUUACAUUGUUAACCUGGAUAACGAAUGAGUGAUGCAUAAUUAAUGUGCCUAUACGGUGACUGACAGCCAUUGUCUAUGCAUGUAUUUUUAUCAAUAAAAGUGGAAACUGGUUUGUAUAUUAAUUUUAA